AUGUUCAAAUAUUUCUUAAAUAUUUUAUUUUCUCCUAUUUUAAUUAACAUUUUAAUUGUUGUCAAUGGUAUAACAGAAGCAGAUUUUUUCAUUUAUAAAGAUGGAAUAUCGUUACCGAAGGAAGACGAUACACAAUCGGAACAAAUUAUUUUAUCACCGGAAAUACCGUUCAUAACAACAAGAUAUGAAAGUGUCUAUAUCAAUACAAAUGGCUUCUUCUCAUUUCAAUUACCAAUCGCUUACUUUUUCCCUCAAAUUCGAUUGACAACAAAUAGCGGUUACGCUAUUGUGGCUCCGUUUUGGGCCGAUAUCGAUAUAUCUCAAAACGGAUCUAUACUUUACAAAUAUACAAAAGAAGAAUCAUUACUCAAACAAGCGAAAGAAUUGAUCGUCGACGGUUUCCCACAAUCUAUACAAUUUCAGCCAAAUUCACUACUAGUUAGUACGUGGAGAGAUGUACGUUCUGCUCCAGAUGAAAGCGAUAAGAGGAAUACAUUUCAAGCAGCGAUUGUCACCGAUGGCGUUCAAACAUUUGCUAUAUUUAUGUAUUCUCGUCUUGACUUUGUGUCUGCUUUUAAUAAAGGAAAAAGUGGUAGUGAAGAUCGUUAUGGUGAAGCUGGAUUUACGGAUGGUACUUCACAACAUACCGUUUUGCUACCAGGAUCAGGAACAGAACGAGUUGACCAGCUUUUGAGAGAAUCCAAUAUUGGGAAACCAGGAGUUUGGAUAUAUCUAAUCGGAGAUAGAAGAAAGUACGGACGUUUUCAUAUAUUAACAAGUGGAGAAAAACAAGAAAUAGAUGAACCCCAGCCAGAUAUAAUGUAUCCACCAAAUGUUUUCAAACAACCAGAAUUGUAUCAAACGCCAUAUCGAGAGAUUACAACCACAUCCAUGUCCAUUCCAUCAGGUGGCCUGUUGAAUCGCAGUGCAAUUAUCAAAGUAUUCGAAGAUGAUGAUCUUACGGAACAAACAUCUGUAACAAUAAAACAAGUAUUCAAAGGCAUUGAAGCGGGUAUAGUGCAAGUUGAAACAGAAAUUAAUGGCACAUUACCACAUCCCCCGGGAAAUUUGAGUGUUAAAUUAGAGAAUUUGAACGUUAAAUACAUGAAAAAAUCAUUGGGCCAUUACGCAGCAAAAGAAGAUUUCGUUUAUAAAUUAACUGCCAGUAAUAACAAUCAGAAUCAAUCGAUAACAUAUAAUUUCACUUCUAAAAUUGAAGAUCAUUUACAUUUUUAUGAAUGUCCAAAUAAUCCUCAUCGAUCGGCUGCAGAAGUUGUUGUUUCAAGUCAAAAUAACUAUAUCUAUCAUAGUGUAGACGAUGCAACAAUAAGAUUUUUUAGUGUUAAUAAAUUUGGCACGCAGGCACCUCGUAAUGAUCCUUGUGAUUCUACACCAUGUCAUGGGUUCGCACAAUGUCAGCCAGAUUAUGAGAAAGAGACAUAUCAAUGUAAAUGUAAUCCAGGUUUUGCUGGUGAUGGAAUACGCUAUUGUGAUGAUAUCAAUGAGUGUUUAAUUACCCAAACAUGUCAUCCAAAUGCCAUAUGUACAAAUUUGUAUGGUAAUUUUAGUUGUGAAUGUGCAAAAGAUUAUAUUGGAAACGGUUUUUAUUGUAAACCAAUUGAGGAUAGAGUUGAAACAUGUGCGACAAAAUUUUGUCCACAAAAUUUCGUAUGCAUUCAUGACAUCGAAACCCGUUUGGCAAAGUGUGUAUGUAAAGAAGGAUAUUCAGCAUCUGAAAAUGAGGGUUGCACACCUACACCAUGUAAUGAAUAUUAUAACUGCGAUAUCAAUGCCGAUUGUAUGUUAAAUGAUGCCACACAAAAAUAUGAAUGUCAAUGUAAACAAGGAUUUUAUGGUGACGGAUUUCAAUGUUCGGCACAUUUUUGUCAGUCAGAUGACGAUUGUGGAAUAAAUGCAAGGUGUUUGCCCGAUGAUCAACGUCGAGGAUUUUCAAAAUGUGUAUGCGAUCCGGGUUACAUCAAUGAUGGUUCAACAUGUGUAAGAGAUGUAAUAUCCUGUAAUAUUGAAAAUAAAUGUCAUAUCAAUGCUCAAUGUCUUCAUAAUGAACAAAUAGAUCGUUAUGUAUGUUUAUGUAAGACAGGAUAUAAAGGUGAUGGUAUUACCUGUAGACAUGAACAUUCAUGCGUCGGAAAUGUAACAAUUUGUUCACAACAUGCAUCGUGCGUAUAUGAUGCUGUUCUUCAAGAUAAUGUUUGUGAAUGUAAAACUGGCUAUGUGGGAAACGGUGUACAAUGUCAUGAAACAUUUGGUGGUCCAAAAGAAGAGUUUUUAAUCGUCAAUCAGGGUCAAACAAUUCUAAAAGUGCCAUUAACUGGAUCUGGGUCAUCUGAAGAAAAUCGUCUAUUAUAUGUUCCUCGUAUGCGAGCGGUGGGCAUUUCGCUUGAUUGUCGACAACGAUUUGUAUAUUUUACUGAUACAGCUGGAAAGAAUAUUCAGCGAAUGAGAUAUGAUGGCACAGAUCAAAAAAUUAUUCUAGAUGGUUUUGGUAGUCCUGAGGGAAUAGCUGUCGAUUGGGUCUCUCGUAAUAUGUUUAUCACUGAUUCUGUGUUAAAACGUAUUGAAGUAGCAAGACUCGAUGGAAGUCUUCGAAAAGUUAUUAUUGAUAAAAAUAUCCAAUAUCCAAGAGGUAUCGCAGUUGAUCCAGAUAGUGGAUACUUGUUUUGGACCGAUUGGAAUCGGCAAAAUCCACGUAUUGAACGAAGUAACAUGGACGGUAGCGAGAGAAAGAUACUCGUCUCAGAAAAACUUGGACUACCAAAUGGUUUAUACUACGAUAAUCAUCGACGUGAAUUAUGUUGGGGAGAUGCAAAAACUAAAAUGAUUGAAUGUGUACGAGAUGAUGGAUCAAAUAGACGUACAGUAUUGACAGAUCAAACAACAAUGAUAUUUUCAUUGAACGAUGGACUUCAAUACUCUUAUUGGACUGACUGGACAACGAAUAAAAUUGGUCGAGUAGACAAAACCGGUGAUCGAACAGCCGAUACAAUACUACUACCCGCUGGAGGAAAUGGGAAACUGUACGGUUUGGUAGCUGUCAAAAAUUCUUGUCCGCCUGAUGUAAAUAAUGUAUGCGGACUUAACAAUGGCGACUGUACGGCUGGUCAAAUUUGCUUACCGAAUACAAGUGUGCGAGCAAAACGAGUCUGCUAUUGUGCGGAUAAUGCAGGAUUACAAUGUUUAUUGAGAGAUCGAUCGCAUGGAUAA